AAAAGGAAAACCCUUGUACAUUUGUCUUUAGGGUUCUUCAUCAUCGCCGUUUCGAAGCCUUGAAUCCCAAUUUCUAUCAAUGGCUCCGAAGAAAGGUGGAAAGCCGAUUGCAACUAAGAAGAAAACCGAGAAGGUCGUGAAUCCAUUGUUCGAAAAGAGGCCAAAACAGUUUGGGAUAGGUGGAGCUUUGCCUCCUAAGAAGGAUGUACACAGGUUUGUAAGAUGGCCGCAAGUUGUCAGAAUCCAGAGAAAGAGGAGGAUCCUCAAGCAGCGAUUGAAGGUUCCACCCGCCUUGAACCAGUUUACCAAGACCCUUGACAAAAAUCUUGCAACUACUUUGUUCAAGAUGCUACUCAAGUACAGGCCCGAGGAUAAGGCUGCCAAAAAGGAACGCCUUCUGAAAAGGGCUCAGGCCGAGUCUGAGGGAAAAACAGCCGAAGCUAAGAAGCCCAUUGUCGUCAAGUAUGGUCUGAACCAUGUCACCUACCUUAUUGAGCAGAACAAGGCGCAAUUGGUAAUCAUUGCCCACGAUGUUGAUCCGAUUGAGUUGGUUGUAUGGCUUCCUGCACUUUGCAGAAAGAUGGAAAUCCCCUACUGCAUUGUGAAGGGGAAAUCUCGAUUAGGAACUAUUGUCCAUCAGAAAACUGCAGCAGCACUAUGCUUGACUACAGUCAAGAACGAAGAUAAAAUGGAAUUCAGCCGAAUCUUGGAGGCCAUCAAGGCAAACUUCAAUGACAAGUACGAGGAGUAUAGAAAGAAGUGGGGUGGUGGGAUAAUGGGUUCGAAAUCGCAGGCGAAAACAAAGGCGAAAGAGAGGGUUCUUGCCAAGGAGGCUGCUCAGAGAUUGAACUAGACACAAGUGAUCAUGUCUGAAGUGUUAGAAAUUUAAAUUUCCAUUUUUGAAGAUUUGGUUUGGAAAGACAAAAUACUUUUGAACUUGUUACGCUUCUUGUAUGUCUUUGGUUUGAACAUGUCACAAUUCAUUCAAUUUCAGCAUAUCUAAAUCUUAAAUUAUGACUUGUUUGGUUUGGAUUAA